AUGACUGCGAGCGAACAAUCUCCCGCGCCGAAUGCGCUGGGCUCUUUGGCCAGAGUCUCCAUCGCUGAGCUAUCUCCCGACCUUGACCAACCGGAGAACAAAUCGAUCCUCGCAGCGGUGACCCUGGUGUGGCCCUACUCGUCUUCACACAGGUCUCUGAGUCUUCUGCUAGCAGAGCCGGAUUUCCGCCUUCGACGCUCCCAAGGGCAAGUCAAGGUCACAUUCCAUGGACACGUUGCAGAAAAGGUCGCAGAAUCACAUGUGGGAAUCGGCGACAGCAUUCGCCUAGGUUUGGAUGGCUCCAAUCUGGUUUCCAACGAAGCCAAUCACUCCGCACAGCAGACACCAGGCAAAUCAAUCGGGUGGGAUGUCCACUUUGAAACCGGCGUGUGCCUUGAGGUCCUCCGACCAUCCCAAUCCUCGCUGAUCGUAAAUGUCGAGCACGCGACAUACGCGACAGCGCCGCAGAAAGCCGAACUUGCGCCGCCCGCAACACCGACUAAGGUCGAUAUCGGCUCUGCACAUGAUUUCGCUUCCAACACAGGAUCGUGGGGGUCGCCUGCAUUUCUGAAGCCAUCUCGGCCUUCCUUCGGAGGCACCAACCGACUCGCAUUCGACCCUUUCGCUGAAGACGAUGGAUUUGUGCCCGGGAAGGGAAGGAAAAAACCCAGAUACAGUCUACAAAGAGAAGAUUGGCGGAUUGUAGAUGAACCGGAUAGCUCGCCUGAGCAAGAAAAGGCCUUGGAUUGGGAACAAGCUCUGGAACAGGAGCUCGAUCAGGCAGAGUUGGACUUCAACUCUGCCGGUGAUGAGUUACAAAAUAAUCCUCCGGAUGUCUCAAAUCCCGAGAGUAAAUCAGAACCACAGGUGCCAUCGCCAGUGUUUGCAAAACCUUCACUUGAGCUCACUGGGAGUAUCCUGGAAAGGCGCGCCGAGGAGUCAAACAAUGCCAUGAUCCAAGAAAUCCGGGAUGCACAGGUUCACCUUCCGACGGAUACGCCAAAAAUCCGGCCUAUUCCUUCCCCUGGAUUGCCGGUUCCUUCGCCGCUCGUAUCCGAUCACGUCGGUCUAACUGAUUAUUUCCCAUCGUGGACAUCAUCAGAAACUCAAGAGAUCAGAUCCGUCGCGACUGAGGUUGCAACACCCUCUGUCUCGUUUGUUGAGACAAGUGAAAUCGAAACCGACCCCAUUGCGUCCCAGCAAACAGAACUGGCCGAAGAAGAUAUUGAUACAGUAAACACAAAUGUCUUUGGCGAUGUCUUUUCAUCGCGAAUCGAGACAGAAUCUUACUCAGACCCUCACUAUCUACCAGAGGGACAGGAUGAGAGACCGGCCGACACUUUCUCCACAUUGAUUACUGAACAAGGCUUCGCCAGUAAUAACGAUCAGUUUGAUAAUUCAAGCAACAGUAUCCAAAGGGCUGGCGAAGCGCUACAGGAAGAAGAAGAGGAAGCUCUUGAGGCCAUGGAACAUCUUGUACCCACGCAGACUGGUUUCGAACCUGAAUCCGUUGGUGCAGCCACAGGUGAAGCCGAAUCCGAAGAUCCCCAAUCGCUGGGAGAGGAUAUCGUUGAUAUUUGUGAACAAGAUAUCGGGAGUGAUACAGUACAUGUUGGCCCCGACGUCGAAGCCGACAUUGAGGAAGAUUCCGAGUCGGACCUACAAUCGGCAGAGGACACACACCUUGCAACAGAAGUUGAUAUGGACGCGCUUCAUGCUCUUCAAAGCAUGAGAGAUCUACGAGAAAGAGAGUACUUAGAGAGGGGAGGCCCUUCACAAAAGGAAAUCGAAGGUGGACAUGAUGUUUAUGAUCCCUCUGUGGUCACAGGAGGGCCUAGUCGCUCACGCGAUGAAACCCCUUCUGCAAAAGAUGAUGAAAUGGUCGAUGAAGAAGAUAGACACAUCACCCAACCAGGGGACUAUUAUGACUCUGAAGACGAAUAUGACGAGGAGGCUUCUCAAUACGGACAAGGCGAAUACGGUUCCGACGAAUCUGACAUUGAUGAUUCCGAGCAGGAAGACCCCACCUCUUCCCAGCCUCAGCCCGCCCAAUCUCAGGAAGUCAUCGUGUUAGACAGCGACAGUGACGACGACGCCGCCUCUGAACCCCCAAGAAGGCCUACCGUGCACCCUUCAGAGCAAGAUGAUCGAUCAUCAUCUCGUUCCGGGUCACCUGAAUCCGCUGUUGCCUCGGAUAAUACCGACUCUGCCAUGGAUGCCGAGCUAGCACGGCCACGGGAUUUAAAUUCAGAGAAUGGCGAUUAUUCAGUCAGCGAGGAUGAGUCUCACGGGGACGAAAGCGAAGAAGAUGAUGGCCGUGGCCCAUCGUACGAUGGGUCGGACGAUCGAGUCCACGACAGUGACAAGGAUGAUGAAUCCGCGGCGGACAUGUCUGAUGAGGGUCAGAAUGAGCUAGAUAUUCGCGCCAACGACAGUGACAAGGAUGAUGAAUCGACAGCAGCGAUUUCUGAUCAAGGUCAGAAUGAGCUAGAUACCCGAGUCCACGACAGUGACAAGGAUGAUGAAUCCGCGGCGGACAUGUCUGAUGAGGGUCAGAAUGAGCUAGAUAUUCGCGCCAACGACAGUGACAAGGAUGAUGAAUCGGCUGCAGCGAUUUCCGAGCAGAACGAGGAUGAGCGAGAUUCUCCAUACAACGAUGCGGACGCGAGCGAAAAUGCAGAAUUGGCGCCAUCGAUUUCUCAGCAGGAUGAGAAUGAGCACAUGAGGGACACAGAUUUCAUGCAAAGCGUCAAUGAUGAACGAGAUCAGCCCGUCACCAAACUCGAGUCGCCAAAUCAAGACCAAAGCUCCAACGAAACCAAUGAUACCCCGAUGGAUUACGACCAAGACCUGGCAGAUAAUACAGUUUACCCGGAUAAUCGCACUGAGCAAGACACACAGCCUGACGCCACGAAGUUUGUCCCGAAAUUCUACAGUUUGGAUGGAGCGGCCGAAUCUCACAUAGCUCCUGCUUCUGCUGCUGAAGAUGACCAAGCGGAUCCCGUCGACAAACCCCCGCGUGAAAUGGCCCCAGAAUCAACUCAAGAGACUACCACUCUUGGGCGGGCUUCUGGUUCGGAGUUUGAGACCACAUCCGCGAUUGAUCAAGACGAAGUUCCUGUCGAACCGAGCAUCCCACUGCAGCCAUCGCCCUCUUCUACGUCCCCAAUGCUGGGCGAGGAUGGUGCAGCUGACCCAGUGGGCCACGCAGCAGGCAGUGAAGGCGAUGACAACAACGCUAGUGAUGCCAGGUCUGCCGUGGAACUAGUGCAGACCAUAGAAACUCCAGAGCGUCCGCUUACUGUCCCCCGGGUUGUGAUUAGCGCUGAUUCCACGAGAGAUCCAUCGGCGAUCGUGCAGCCCCCGACUCCUGGUCGUGAUGCAUCAGGUCUGCACAGUAAGCUCUCAUACUUUGCUCCCCUCGCUACCCUGGUUGAUCACCAGGAUGAUUUGGUCAAUACCAUCUCAGUUGUCCAAGCAGUCUCGCAGGCCACUCGACCCAAACCAGGCUCCAAAGAUUGGUUCGUGAGCGUCGACCUCACUGACCCGUCUAUGGCUGGAAUGACUCUGAAUGCCCAGAUAUUCCGCCGCAACAAGGCAACUAUCCCAAAUUUAAGCGAGGGCUCCGCAGUGCUGCUUCGUGACUUUCAAGUUCAUAGCCUCGAACAUAAAAUCACGCUUCUCAGUGUCGAAGCCAGUGCCUGGGCGGUUUUCGACGGCUCGGGCCCAGACGCUGAAGUGAACGAAAGCGAUGUCGAAUACGGCUCGGAGGAACGUGCCUAUGCAUCGGGUCUGCGUCGAUGGUAUAAUGAAGUGGGCUCCGCUAGCGUUGCGGACUACAUGCUCCAGGCGUCGAUUGAGAGGGAUAGCAUCGAUCGUGAGCUCUCGCCACCCAACAGUGAAGUGCCGAGUGAGCUUGGAAGCCCAAGUUCCAAACGUGGGUCACGGCGCAGGCGACAAAGCAACCGCCAAGUCGCAAUUCAUGAGCUACGGGAUGGUACUCGUUAUACCGAGGCUGGAUCCCCCAACAGUCGGAAUAGCAGUGUCCACGAACUAAGGGACGGUACUCUGUAUGCGAACAUUUGA